AUGGAGGAUGAUAUAUUAAUAAAAGAAAUUAAAGAAAAUAUCUGGGGAUCGGAUAGCAAAACAAAGACUAUCUGUCUAUUCACGGACGGUUCGAAAAGAACUUUUACGGACCCUACCGGUGCGGGCCUGGCCGUAUGGGAUGGUGACACCCAGUGGACAGAGGAAGGGUGGACCUUAAACACGGCCUGUUCGGUUUUCUCGGCUGAGGCUUUUGCGAUCUGGCAGGCUGUGAAAAAAGCGAGGGAACUAGGUGGUAAUGAGAGUAUGAAUAUCUUGAUCCUAUCGGACUCGGCUAGUGUUUUAAAGAAAUUAACAAAUUUUAGUAAAAAGGUAGGGGACAACCCUUGGAUAUUAGAAACAAUUAGAGAAAUUAUAGCUAUGGAAAACUAUGACAGAGAUAGGGAUAAGGGUUGGGAAAAUGAAUUAAACAAACCAAGGCUGGCGUUGGCAUGGAUCCCAAGCCACUCCGGAAUUGAGGGAAAUGAACGGGCGGACUUCCAAGCAGGGGAGGCAACUUUGGGAGAAGAGGGUUUUGAGUUUGGUAUACCAGAAAGGGACAUAGUUAGGCAUAUUAUGGAGGAGGCUUGGAUUAGAAAUCAUGAAAGGGCUAGAAGGAUUGGAGAAUUUAAAGGGAUUAAAUAUUUCGCAGCAGAGGAGAACAAUUGCGGGGCAAAAAAACCGUGGUUCGAUAGUAUAAAGGGAAUGGAUAGAGGGGAUUUGGUGAGAUUGAGUAGGAUUAGAGCAAAUCAUUCUAAUUUAGGGGAGUCGUUGUUUAGAAAAAACUUAACUUCGGAUAAAAAAUGUAAUUGUGAGGCGGAGACGGAGAGUUUAGAACAUGUAAUUUGGGAAUGUGACAGAUUUUAUAUACACAGACAAGCACUCAAUAAAUUUCUUUUGGACAGGGGUUGUGAAGAGGGAUAUACAGCAAAUGAUCUUAAGGGGGGAAUUGGGUAUACUUAA